UUAACAAUUUUGCAUUGGGCCGAUUUGUGAUUUAUAUUUUUAUUUUAAGUACAAUUUUAUAUAAUAAACUCAGCUUUUAAAACAAACAAAAAGCAAACGUACAAUGAUACGCCGGCAAACGUUGUUAACACAAUUUCAGCGCGUGUUUAUCAAGCGGAAUAUCGCAUAUAAAAACCUACUCGCACUUAAAGGUCGUGGUUUCUUUCAAGACAUUUUUCCAGACACGGCAAACGAUCAGAUGAAGACGCUCUUCACAAGCGGACCUCAAACUAUCUAUGCCGGCUUCGAUCCAACAGCCGAUAGCUUACAUGUAGGCAAUUUGUUGGUGAUAAUGGGUUUGCUACAUUGUCAGCGUGCCGGUCACAAUCCCAUUGCACUGGUUGGCGGUGCUACCGGCUUGAUUGGUGAUCCCAGUGGACGGAAAACGGAACGUAAUCAAAUGGGUGAAACGGAAAUAGAAACGAAUUUGAAAGCCAUAAAAAGCCAAUUAGCACGUAUUUUUCAAAAUCAUCAAGACUGCCUCUGGGACGAUAGCAAAAAUAAGCGAAAACUUCCAGAUUUACGCAUUGUAAACAAUGCCGAUUGGUAUGCGAAUAUGAACCUCAUCGACUUUGUUGCGAAUAUGGGGCGCCAUUUUCGUAUGGGUUCGAUGCUCUCACGUUCCUCGGUGCAGUCACGCUUGGAAUCCGAGUCUGGUAUGAGCUUUACAGAAUUCACAUACCAAAUUUUUCAAUCUUAUGACUGGUUGCAUUUAUGCCGUACAUAUGAUUGCCGCUUUCAAAUGGGCGGCUCAGAUCAGAUGGGUAAUCUGAUGUCUGGCCAUGAGUUGAUAAGUCGCGUAGUUAAAGAGCCAGUCUUUGGUAUGACACUACCGUUGGUCACCAAUGAAGAAGGUGAUAAAUUUGGCAAGUCAGCGGGCAAUGCAGUGUGGCUAGAUGAGGAGAAGUCUUCCGCAUUUUCUUUAUAUCAGUUCUUUGUGCGCAUGCCAGAUUCUGAAGUCGAGAAAUUAUUGCACUUAUUUACGUUCAUACCUUUGCCAGAAGUUGAGCAGUUGAUGCGUGAACAUGGGAGGGAGCCAGAGAAACGAAAAGCGCAAACGAUAUUGGCAGAAGAUGUUACAUUAUUAGUGCAUGGAGAAAAAGGCCUGAAGCAAGCUGAGCGCAUCACUGACGCGCUCUAUAAAGGUAGUGUUGAUGCAUUGGGUGACCUCAACUACGAAGAAGUGAAAAAGACAUUUGCAGGCGCGAAAGUUGUCGACAUUCUGGCGGAACCGGGCAUGUCGAUGCUGCAACUGGCAAUGAAAGCCAAAUGUUUUAAUAGCGAAAGUGACGCUAUGCGCAUUAUUACCGCUGGUGGCUUCUACAUUAAUCAAAAGCGCGUACAAAACAUUGCUGAAAUCAUUACUACUGGAAUACAUGUACUCAAAAACGGACUAUCGUUGCUACGUGUGGGGAAAAAGAAUUUCUACAUUGUGCGUUGGCUCAAAUAGGCAUCCCCAUUGACGAAAGGUAUUUGUUGAAUAUUUGGUAGUUUUGUUGAAAAAAUAUACAAAAGUGUUGUUAGAAUAAAAUGU